AUGUCACAACCGACCCCACGUGGUCGCAAAGCCCCACCGGAAGAAGAUGAUGCCGCGAAACUUGCCUUUGGUGAAGACUUUGAAGGUGCAGAAUUCUUGUUCAUUUCUGAGGCUGCGUUACUUUUGGAACGUACGCCACCAGGACAAGCUCAAACUAGAACCUUACUCAAAUACAAUAUCCACAAGUACGAGUUAGCACAAUUGGCUAAUUUGUGUCCGGAGGAGGUUGAUGAAGUGAAGUCGUUGAUUCCAAGCCUCGCACAUAAAGUCGAAGACGAAAAAAUUCGACAGAUAUUGGAUGAAAUUGCUGCUUUGAAAAAGUACCAGUCUCAAUGA